CUGCGCGCUCCCCCGGUAUAUGUCCCGGUCGGCGACUACUGUUCCGCAAUGCCUGCUGCGCUGCUUGGCUGAUCGCGCGACCAUGCGCGAUUCUCUCUUCGCUAGACACUCUCUCCCCUCUCUUCGCUCAACCCCGUUUCUUCCGUUGUCUUUUCGCCCUUCUCUUCGCUUUCCCUCGUUAUCGUCCCGUCGAGAGUUUCACGGCUCUCGCCUCUGCUCCCGGGAACCGGCGAUCUUCCACAACAGCCUCCGGAAGACUCUUGAAGCGCACCGAUCGCUGAAUCGAGCUGGUUUGAUUCGUAAAGUCAUCGACAAGAACUCCUCCUCCGAGGAAACCCUCCCGCCGGAACAAGCCGCCCUGGUCCCGGAGGAGCCACCACGUCCAACCGUCACACCUCGACCUGUCUCGGCAUCAAAACCGGCCAGAUGCGCCAAGUCGAAAUCCUCGAGGCAAAGCACCGCCGCUCCCUCCUGGGGUUUGGGGGGUGAGCCGGUGCGGUGGGCUGUAAGCGGCAAAAAAGACCGCCCGGCGCAGUCGCCAUGGAUGGCUUACGUGGGUCCAGGCCAUACACAGCUCGACGGCAUCGCGCAGCUCGGUGCAGAGGUGCGCGCGCUUGACAGAUACCUGGCCCCCACGGUUGAAGAGCAAAGUCAGGUGGCCCAGGUCGUCGCGGAAGUCACCGGUCUUCUAGCUGGUAUCUUGCCUCGUCCACCUCGCCUAAUCGGGCCCUGGAGUACCGGGCUUGCUCUGAGCCAUUCGGACCUAGAAUUCCUCUUGCCAGUACCGGACUCAGCACGGUCAAUCGAGAGAGAUCGAAAACCCAGUGCUACACGCCCGCAGGUGCUUCAGUACUACGUCGACCUGCUGCGUGGCGUCGAGAACACCCUCCGACAGUGCUCAUUGUUUAGAGAUCAAGUCCGCGUGGCCGGCAAACGAAAUCAGGUGUUGACAGCCACCCACCGACCAACCGGACUGAAAUUACAGUUCCGUUGCGGGGAAGGUCCCCCUUCUUCCAUCGAGUAUAUCCGGGAUUAUCAUGCCGAGUAUCCCUCAGUCCGGCCGCUGUACAUGACUUCCCGUCUGAUUCUGGAGUCUCGGGGUUUAUUUGGCAGCCACAGCCGCUCCGUCGGGCCGGACGCCCUUGUGAUGCUUCUCGUCAGCUUCCUGAAGGUAAACCAUGGGCGAUUCUGGUCCUCGGACAGUCUCGGGGCGCAACUCCUGGAAUUUCUCCAGUUCUACGGCGUCACGGUGGAUUUGACCACCACCGGGAUCUCCGUCGACCCUCCUGGCUGCUUCAACGCCGAUAACGUCAAGGAUGCCUGCAAGAACUACGAUCCCGAGCAUGUGCCUGCCUUCCUUCGUGGCCAGCGCGCCCUCGUUAACCUCAAAAGGACGGCUGCAGCCAGGCGGAAUGUGGCCACGGCUUCACGGCUUUGCAUACAAGACCCGGCCAAUUAUAUGAAUGACCUCGGGCGCACCUGCACGCGCACUCGUGAUCUUCAAAGGGCGUUUGAGCAUGCAUAUAAUCUAAUCAGUGCGUCACUAGGGGCGUGCAAGACUUCGACCGAUGAUAGUUCCGGUGAUAGCUUGCUAGCUCAUGGCCUGCAAGCCAAUUUUGAUGACUUUAAUCAAGUGCGCGCCCGCAUUGCCUCUGCCGUCAGAGGUCCAACUGCAACCUCCGGCAUAUAAUAGACAUAUCAAAAAAGAUCCGCCAUGAUAUCAUCGACAUUUUUUUCAGUGUCCCUGUUAUAUUUACUUGGGCGGAACUGCUAACCCAUGCACAGACGGCAGAAAUAGGUGGUUAAUUACAUUAUUAAGGGGGAACAGUACUAGCAGAAAGAACGCCCGCUUGCUAUGAGAAUAACACAAGACGAGGGGGGAAGGGACGGUGUAAAGGGGCCAAAAUGAAAUUGAAAAUGCCAAAGGAUCAGGGUUUCCCGACCCAGUAUAGAAGAAAUAGUGAAUAUCCAAGAGCAGGAGCCUGCACCCUUCGACAGGGCAUGAGACCCCAAGAUCAAUAGUAUUUGAGACUUAACACGUUAAUU